ACAAUGAAUUUUUCACUUUUCCUUGGAAAAAUGAUCAACUUGACAAUUUGGCAAUGCCGAAUUAUUCCAACUUUUUGAAUAUUUUCAUUUAGACCUACGACAAUUUCUGCUCGUGCUUGAUUCAGGUCUAAAAAUAAAUCGAGAUCAAACCAAAAUAUUCUUUAUUAGCCAAAGAUCAAUUGGUCAAAAUGAACGAUUUGAUUGUUAUCAAGUCACCUCGAUGGUUGUAAGGUGGUAAAGAUUGUUUCUCAAUCAAUUCUAAUAAAUUAGUAAAUUUAGAAAAUUGCAUGGCUCAGAAUGGCUUAACCUUCCUUUUACAUUUCUCAAUUCGCGAUCUUUUGUCAAUGUGUGUCAAAAAACUAGAAUCUAACUACAUCUUUUCUCUACUCCUUGAAGAUAACCUGACAAAUUACGCAUAACUCUAGCUUGAGCUUAAUGGUUUCUGGGGUUUCUCGUCCAAUGGCAAAAUUCUCCUGCUUUAAACUGGCUGUGAAUCAGAUGUGAAUUUGUUGUAUAAGUUCUACCAGAGUCUUCACCAUAUAUUAUUAUGGAUGAGGGAAUAAACAACAAACUAGUCGAAGAUGCUGUAUUUCACUCAGAAGAUGGUGCAGUCCACUCCAUCUUCUCUCAGCAAAGCAAUAAUGAGGAUGCAAAAGACUGUGAUGGCCCCAUUAUUAGACAGCCAAAGAUUUUCUUGGAAACUGGGGAAGAAGAUGAAACACCUCCAGGUUGUGAAGAUCUGCUGUUUCCAUCUGAAUUGCAACCACUGAUAGCUUCAUCGUUGGAAACAUAUUAUGAUUCGCCUUUGAUUGGACUCGAAUAUGUUGUGGAAGUACAUCCAGAUGCAUCGGAUGAUGUGACUUGCCCAGUUAAUGCAUUUUACAUCUGCGUUUUGUGUGAGAAGCGAUGCGACAUUGUGGAAAACAUUAUGAAGCAUAUGGAAUCGUCAGCUCAUCGCAUUUCCUAUUUGCGGAAAUACUUCCCUCGAGCAUACUCUUUGUUUCUGCAAGCUGAUCCUUGCUUAGAAAAUUGGACGCCCGAAAUUCAUGAAUACCUGGGAGCUAUCGUCAGCCGAAUUGAAUCAUUGAAAGGUCGUUUACAGGUCUUGCCCUGUCAUCGCACCCAGUGGGAUGUAAAAUCUAAACAUUUUCGAACGAAAAUCGAUCUCGGGACUCAUUUAAGAGAAUCUCCAUAUUUGGUCUAUUAUGAUAUUACCUCUCCGUUUACUGAUACUGAAGUUGAAACUCAAGCUAACAACGUACUAAAGCCUGGUGGCUAUGCUGUUUCUCAAUUAGAUGGAAUGUUAGCAAACAGCUCAAAAAGAAUGAAUUCGGACACAUCUGAUCCAUUGAAAAAAGGUAGUGGCACGAAACUAGGCCAAGAAACACAAGUAAUCUUUUUAUCGGAUGAUGAUUCUCUUUCAGACAACGACUGUGAAAGGGUUGAUGGAAAUAUCGUCUUCCUCCCAACUUCCCAGACACUCAGCGAACGAGGUAGCGGUGAAACAGUUUCAAGUAAAAUUCCACAAAACAUGGUUUGGCCCUUAAACCCUCUAUCCCGAUCAAUCUGCCUGAAUAACGAAGAAGAUGUAACUGCUGAAAAGCCUUCAUAUCAGCCAGCGGAAUCAGAUGGCGAUAUUGUAGUCGAGAAAGAAAUAUUCGGAAAACAAGUCGCACAAAAAUUCAGCAGUCCUCAACGAACAAAAUCUCGUUCCAAGUUGAGGUCCCGAUCACGGUCUCCAAAGCGCUCGGCAAUCAGUUUUAGAGGUCGCAGUACGAGUUACAGAUCUCGUUCCCGAUCUCCGAAGCGAUCCCGUCCAAGGUCCAGUUCUCGAGAUCGUAAUGCGGUUUCUAAAUCCAGGACUCCAUCUCGAUCUCCGAAGCGAUUCCGUCCAAGGUCCAGUUCUCGAGAUCGUUAUGCGGUUUCUAAAUUCAGGAAUCCAUCUCGAUCUCCAAAACAGUUUCGUUCAAAAUUCAAUUCCAAUAAGCAGCAGAAGCCCCUAAAACAUCAAGAACGACAUCCAUCAUCGACUAACAGUGUUCGAAAUGCAAUUGAUUAUGAAAUCCUCGUAACUCAGCGAAAAGGCAAAGGUAGAUUGGCGUCCCCUGUGCGCGCAAAACAACAUGACAACACAAGAAUUAAAAAAAGAAGCCACCUGUGGAAACUUGAUCAAGAGAUGGAUUCGUACAAAGAAAAGCUUCGUAGCAAACACAAAAUUUACAAGGAACGACCCGAGGAACAUCCUCUCUACGCCGAAGAAUGGAAAGCCUUCUGGAAGAAACGCAGCACCGAACUUGUAGAAGAAGGGAAAAAUGCUAUCACUUAUGAUUUCAAGCCGGAUUGGUUUGCUUUUUGGUUCCGUCGAAUGAAGAAACUAGACAAAGAACUAAUCAAGAAAAAGAAAUUUGAAUUGAAAAAAAAGUAUGGAUUAGUCGAUGAUGAAGAUGUUCAAGAUAAUUGUGCAACGGAGAAAGAAUAUGAAUCGGAAUCUGUACAAAAUCGCAAGCCAGUUCAAUUCGGUUGGCAAAAUCGUUGGAAAAAACCCGUCACGCUUGAUCCCGCUGGAGUAGGACACCAGACAAAGAAUUUGCCUCAGGCUGAAGAUGCUCCUCUUCCUACUGAAAUCCCAACCGCUGACGUAUCUUCUCCUAACGCGUUGUCUUUUGAAGAACUAAGAGUCGCCCAAAAUCCGAAGCUCAUUUGCCGUGUUGUUGGAAAUACUUCCCGAAUCCCAGAAGAUGUGCCGCUUCCAUCUGGCCCAAAUUUCCUUGAAGUUCUCCGAAUGUUGGUCGCACUUGAGGACAGUCUCGGUUCUCUUGGUCCAAGCAUCAUGGGUUUGCUUACGCGAGCCCUAUCGUCUGAACGCCGUGAAGUUGGUAGCUCAUCCAAACUGUUGAACGAAGAUCCAACCUGCGUUGAUUUGCUCGACACAUCGAAAGAGAAGUUGAAAGGAUUAAUUUCGGCUGGAUUCCUGGAUGGAGUUAAAGGAACAGCUGCCUCGCGGGCUAUUGAAAACGUUACUCGCCUCCUCAAGCAGCCUUCAGUUACUUCACAUUCUAGUACUUCCUCGGACGGACCUGCGGGUUUUAACAUGGCGUCACUAAUUAGCAAUCUGCAAGCUGUUGGACUGUUGCGCCCUCUUCAAUCGACUACAACAUUGCCCUCAGCUAUUGGGUCUCCCAGCUUAGCCGAGUUGAAAGACAAGGAUUCAACACCAAGCGCUAGCAAUUCGUAUGAGUCUCAUUUUGAAAAAGAUCAACUAUUCAACGGUGAAGAACUGAAAACCCUGAUUUUAAAUUUUCGGACGUUGACCGCGCAGCAAAAACGCGAUCUUGUUAAAUACUUGCGCCGAUUGGAAGAAAGACUCCCAGAGAGGGAUGCUGUCAAUUUGAGUCAAAAAAUGUCUUCGUCUUUUUCUCCUUCAUCUCCUUUAUCCAAGAAACACCGAAAAUAUCAAAGCUGCCAAGUCACCAACCCAACGGCUCCAGCUCCUCCUUCGUCGAUUCGAUAUCCCACUAUACAAGAAAUGACGGGAUUGUCUUGCGUUGAUUUGAAAAAUCUUGGUAUUCCGUUAGAUGAACUUGAUUCUCCAAACACAAUCAUUCCAGUAGAUUCCAGAUUCUGUCGAAGCGAUGAUGGGAUUUCUCAUCCCGCUGUGGAUAAUCCGUAUCGAUUUAACAAUGCAAAUCGUGAAUCUAACCUUGGAAAUCCCCACAUUCAGCGCUCCAUAGCGAAGCAGCCCACUGAUUUGGAUGACAUUUAUCUGAUUGAGACUACUUCAAGUCGCCAACAUUCAUUUGUUCCUUCUCAACCAAAUAAUGAGAGUUUCUAUUACCGUCAUCUGGAUCCCAGGAUAAAUCGAUUGCUGAAAAAAAAUGACAGAACUUCCCCUUCGGAUUCGUUAGAUUCUCUUGAAACAUCACAAGAUCCUGUAAUAAUUCCAAUAUCUCCAAAUUACCAGGAAAAAUAUCUCCCUUCUAAAGAACUCUCUUCUGAUCCUUGGCAAUCGUCAAAAGCCUCAUCUCCCUUAAAGGGAAAAGGAAUUCGUUAUUGGUAAUAUAAUUUCAGUUUUGCCAAAAAAAAAAUGUUCUUUGUUUUCAAUCAUUUCCCUGUUGAAGUUUAAUUCCCUCAUGUUCCUCAUCUAUUAUCAACUUAAAAUAAUUGUUUUGUUUCCCAACGCAGCUUUCGUUCCCCGGAAUCCUAUUUUGAAAUGAAAACUAAGAUAAAUCGAAAUACAGUAAAUGCUCAUGUUA